CUCUAUGAUGUGAUUAAAACAUUUGCCGCAAAUUUGCAAAACAACAAUCAGUUGAACACUUUGUUUGACAUCAAAUCAUUUUCGUAUAAGAAGAUUAUUAUAGGCUAUGGAAUCAAUAAAACAUUUAUUGUUUCUAUAUAUUGGAAAUCGGCUGAAAAGAGAUUUCAGUUAUGUUUUGGAUGUGUUGGUCAGGCUUUGGCCGAUUCUAACCCACAUGUUUUGGUUUGUUCUCAACUCCAAUACGAGUUCAAUCAACACCUUUCGAUCGUUCAGUUGAUCCAAAUAUUGAACUACACUUUAAAUCCAUUUUUAACGAUUCAAUGUUUGAGUGGAAUUCCAUUGCUUGGAGUAAUCAAUAGUAGACCUCAACUACCAGUUCAGGCCUUUUGUAUUAUCCCUCAGUCUUCGACACACAUUCGCAUUAUUUACAGAAAUAUAUAUUGUUUGGAUGUUAUCAUAUACUCGGAUAAUACUAUAGCCAUACGUGACGGCGCUCUCAGUCUUUUUGAUAAAGUGAGGGUUAUGGAAGAAUUGACACCAAUUCAGGGAUUAAAAGCGUUUUUAAACAAAUUUGUCGAUAAGACGACACAAAUGAGACGUUUAUCUCAGACGGAAGACGACAACCCGCCCUCCCCUAUGCCUCACAUGGAAUCCGUUGAAUCAUAUUUGUACGCAACCUCUCAGAUGAAGACAUCAUCGCCUUCUAAGGGAGUUAAUGAGAACUCCGGUCGUCCUAUAACUCACUCAAUGCCUUCAGCCCAGGGCUCGAACCCACACACGCCUACUUCACCCCAUACUUCAGUUCUAUCUCAAUCUGGAUUCACUUCAUCUCCCGGUGCUUUCCCACUCUCUUCGCCGCCCUCUCAUAGCAUGUCAGGACAUGGGGUGAGCUCUUCAUCCAAUCAGGUGGCGCCGUCGCCAUCAAUGCCUGUUCCCGAUCAGUCACCGGCCAAUCUGUUUGGCGUUAAUUCGCCAAUGAAUGCAAUGCACGCGCCGUCGCCUUCAUUCCUGCCCAUGCCUUCGCCUUCCAAUCAAUUUCACUCUCAAUCUCCUGCCUCUCAAUACCUCCCCAAUAGUGGUUCUCAGACAGACAUCAAUAGUGCCAUCGGAUCUCCAUUUACGGCACCAAAUAUGCCGGCAUCUAAUCUUUCGAUGCCAUCUCCGGCUCCCAAUGCAUGGCCCGGCAGUCCAUCACUUCCUCGUCCGUCUCCGCGUUCGAUCGCUCCCUCGCAGAGUCCGGGCAUAAGUCAGGCGCACCUCAUGUCUAAUAUUAAUAGUCCGCAGACUAUGUCUGGUUCUCAACACCAUUCGGCAAAUAUGUUGCACAACUCGGGUAACCCUUCGAUGGCAACACGAAUAUUACCACAGAGAUCGUGGGCCGCAGCCAUACCUACUCUCUUAACACAUCAGGGCUUUGAUAUGAUGUGCAGAUCCAACCAAAGUCUCGAAAAUAUAGCGAUUCCGGCCCAAAAUAACAGCGUCUUCUAUGCUAUGUCUCAAUUGGAGAGAUUUCUCGGAUGUAUUUAUAUGAGACGUAAUCUCCAAAGGGCUGUCUCUCAAGACGAAAGCUUCCAACUCUUGGCGACACCAGAACCCGGAGUCAUUCAAUUCAAAAACGAGUCUAUGUUUUUCAAAAUCAGUUUAGACCCGACUUCGAUGCAGUCGAUGCAUAUAAAGAUCCAACCGUUGCCCGAAUUUAAUCACUGGACACGAGAGGAAUUGGAAUUACUUCAACAAUUCUUUGAAACCAAAGUUGUUUGCGCGCCAUUCAAACCAAAUGCAUUUCUGGCCUAUAAAUGGAUUCUCAACGCUCCCAUCAAAAUACUUAAGGAUUGCAUUCAAUUAAUGCGAUUAGAAUUGUUCCCCGACAGAACACUGAAGUGGUCACUGCAAUGGUGUCUGACUAUACCUCCGGCGGCGCCUCCCAUUGGCUCUCCGGGAAUGUCUGCGUGUCUUAUGUUCAAAAGCAAAAUGCUUAUAUUCAUACAAUUCACUCGAAUGCCAAUUCCUGGUCACGCCAUGAAUGCCGAACCCCUGUCUAUAAUUGUUCCCUUUAUUUACGAUAUGAACGUUCAUUCAAUACAAGUGGCCGGUUCUGGACGGGAGAACACAUACGCUCAGUCGCCGGCACUCACUGUCAUUAACAAUAUGUUGAAACGAUUUGCAGAAUACGCCGGAACUGGCGCCGAUUGUCCCAUAUAUUUGGCCGUACGUGAGAUCAUGAACAACCUUCAGAUACCAUAGCAUCUGUUCUUACACUCUAUACCUGUACUAUAAUUGAAGAUCUAAUUUGAUUUAUUUGUCCUAUAAUUUUGCGCUUAAAUUAUUUAUUUAAACCAUUGUUUUGACAAUUGUUUAAAACAUGCAAUUAAAGAGAUUCUAAUUAUUUUGAUUUAAUGGUAAAUUAUGAAUAAAUCUUUGCAAAACAUUCAAAA